AUGGAUUGCAUAUCUUCACGCUCGAUAUGUGCCAACAACAUACGAGUCAGAGGGGGCCACAAACCAUGGAAGCAAUCGAGAGCGCUAUGGCCAGCGACGGUGAGCCAGAGCCAGCUGCAGGCACAAGCCGUGGCUUCCAAGCAAUGCUUGACCGGAUAUACGGGCUUCCUGAGCACGGCAGGUACAAGUUUAACCAUGAAAUCUGGGUAUAUAAUCAGGCGAGAUUGGGUAUACGGUCGCAGACAACGGAUUCUUCUCAACCGGAAUCGCAAAUUUUUGGAACUCGUUGACCGGGGCCCCCAGGACAUGAUCGACAUAGUCACUGACAAGGUGUUUGUCAAGCGUGGCAGAACGCAGAAGCCGGGCCAUAGUGUGCACCACCGCAGGACGGACUGCCGUUACAUCAUCACAAAAAGAAGUGACGGAAGCCAUCAAGCUGGUCUGGCGGAGCAUGAGCAAGCAGCAAUUGCAGCAGACUUUGCAACCCUUACACCUGCGCGUUUCGCCGACGUGCGACGCAUAGUUGAGGCGGAGGCAGCCAGCCGAAGCAAACAGCCUGGGGAAUACUCAGGGUGUGGAUGGACUCCGGACUGGUCUUUGCAGUCAGUGCUUACAGAUGAGCACUGCAAAGCGGUCAGGGCUGCAAAGUGCCUGAUUGUUCUGGACGGCUUGAUCGGCUGUGGCAAGACAACUUUCCUUCGCUUUUUGCAGAAGAACGGUUCGGAGGGCGUUGAGUUCGUUGCCGAGCCAGUGGACAGGAAUGAACCGGACACGUGGUGGACCGAUCUGGAAGCCCUCUACCGCGUCAUGGCGGCCGGCACACCGGAACAAAAAAUCGCUGCAACUUUCAAAAUGGAGUACAAGGCUUGGGAGCACCAUUUCCGUGUUGCAGCACAGCGACAGAUGCACACCUUCACAGAGAGGGGGCUGGGCUCCACAGUGCAGGUGUUUUGCAAGGUUUGUACAGAGGACGGCCUUCUCACAGAGGGGCAGCGUGAAUAUUUUUCGAAAGCUUAUGAGAAAUACUCUUCAGAUGAGUUUCUUCGUCCCACUCUGACCCUUUACUUCAAACUCCCGACUGAAGAGGCACUCGCCCGAAUCCAAAAACGCGCUCGGGAGUUCGAGAAAGGUAUGCCGCGGCCGUACUUGGAGAGGCUUUAUUGUGCAUACGACGAGUUUCUUAGCAAUCACGAAGAUGUCAUUUUGGUCGAUUCCAACAAUCCUCCGGAGGAUAUGAUGAUGGAAAUCGCGGGCAAAGUUGAGGCGAAACUGCGGAGUCGAAUGACCCCGCAAGAUCUCAGGAGUGUGAUGCGCUGCUUCGGCAAGGUGGACUGA